GAGUGCUGCAAAUCAAUUCAACAUGGCAGCUCACCUUAUACACCGAAUGGGCUUCAAUGCCCUUUAUUCUAGUGUCUGUGCUCCGAAGCAGGCACUGAGGAUCUGUUGGGGUGCCGUGGAGCAAGUAAGGGGUUACUACGUCGACUGGAAGAUGCUGAGAGAUGUCAAGAGAAGACAGAUGGCCUUUGAUUAUGCUGAUGAGAGGCUACGCAUCAAUUCACUGAGGAAGAACACCAUCUUACCAAAGGAACUUCAGGAGUUGGCGGAUAAAGAAAUUGCAGCAUUACCCCGAGACUCAUGUCCUGUGAGAAUCCGCAACAGGUGUGUGAUGACAUCCCGACCUAGAGCAGUGAAGCGCAGGUGGCGACUCAGCCGGAUCGUAUUUCGUCACCUGGCCGACUACAGCCAGCUGUCUGGUAUUCAGAGAGCGAGGUGGUGACUUAGAAGGACAGUGGGUCCGCCACUGCAAAUGUUGUAGAUGGCAAUGACCCACAGACUUUUUUUUUUGUGGAUAUUUCAUUUUUUGAAGGCCUUCAAGAAACGUUUUAACAUUUUAUCUGAAUUUUGUGCAGGAGAGCCCUUCAGCCCAUCCAACAAAAUCUGUCUCGAUAUGAUCUUCAUCUAACAGUCGCAAAGAUGGUUUAAUAAAUA